CCCACUCAUUUUUUUGCCUCUGCCUCCGAAAAAUUCGUUCCCAAAUGGCUUUCUGCAAACUGCCUGGAUCACACCAGUUACAUCUAAAUUAUAUCGUUCGUCGUCAAUUUUGUUAGCAAACUCUCCCUAAAUUGUUAUCAAAUCUUUUUCUCAUUAUCUCCACAAUCCCUCUAGUGGUUUACGAAAUUGGUAGAAUUGAAAAUGACAUCGUCAGCCGUAAUUUCCAGUGGAAAUUUGAAAAAUAUAGGACGUCUUACUACGGGAAUAACUAGAAGAAGUUAUACGACUACCACUAGUAGUAAAUUACCAAUAAGUUUAACUUAUAGUUUGCAUUCUCAUACAUAUAGAAGUAUCAUAAACUUCAAUCCUGUACAGUCUCAAGUAAGAUAUCAAACCACUAAAUCUACUAAUUCAAAUAAUACAAGUAAACCAACUAAUUCAAAUUCAAGUAAAUCCGAAGAAAAGACGGUAAUAGAAAAGAAUGCAGAACAAGGUACUAAAGAAAUUAUAAAAGGUACUGUAGAUACAGAAGUUAUUCCGGUUGAAAAUGGAUCAGUCAAACCCAAACAAAGUAUAUGGGAUAAAGUUAAACAUGAAGUACAGCAUUAUUGGGCUGGAACUAAAUUAUUAGGAUAUGAAUUAAAAGUUUCAACUAAAUUACUUAUAAAGUAUAUGUCAGGAUAUGCAUUAUCUAGAAGAGAAUCAAAUCAAUUACAAAGAACUUUAACUGAUGUAGUACGUUUAGUACCAUUUUCUAUGUUUAUAUUAGUUCCUUUCGCAGAAUUGUUAUUACCUAUUGCUUUAAAAUUAUUCCCAAACUUACUUCCAUCAACUUAUGAAUCUAAACAAGAUAGAAUUAAAAAGAGAAAUAUUUUAUCUAAAACUAGAGUAUCUGCUUCUGAAUUCAUUAAAAAAACUAUGGAAGAAUCAGGAUUAAAAUUAUCAAAAAAGAUUACUGAAGAAGAAAAAGAAGCUUUCGUGUCAUUUUUUGAAACCAUAUCUCUUGGAAUGAAUCCAACAAGAGAACAUUUAAUUAAGGUUGCUAGAUUAUUUAAAAAUGAUCAAGUUUUAGAUAAUUUAUCUCGUCCUCAAUUAGUUGCUAUGACUAAAUAUAUGUCAUUAAGACCAUUUGGAACUGAUUCUAUUUUACGUUAUCAAAUUAGACAUCGUUUACUUACUAUUAUUAAGGAUGAUAAAGCCAUUGAUUAUGAAGGAGUAGAUUCUUUAACUAUUCCUGAAUUACAAAUUGCAUGUUCUCAAAGAGGUAUUAAAACUACCGAUGUAUCACCAGCUAGAUUAAGAGAAGAUUUAUCUACUUGGUUAGAUUUAAGAUUAAGACAAAAAAUUCCUUCAACUUUAUUGAUUUUAUCAUCUACUUAUACAUAUGGUGAUAAAGCUCAUAGUAUUGAAACAUAUUAUGAUGCAUUAUUAGCUGUAUUAUCAUCAAUUCCUGAUGAAGUUUAUAAUGUAGCUAAAUUAGAAUUAUCUGAUGAUUCCAAAUUGAAAUUGAAUAUGUUGAAGGAACAAGAUGAAAUGAUUCAAGAAGAAAAUUUGAGAGAAAAAGAUACUGUUAAUCAAGUUAAGGAUAAUAUUAAAUUAGAUGAAUAUGAAGAUACUGCUAACGAAGGUAUGAAGAUUGAACCUGAAGAAGAACAAAAGGCUGAUACUGAAAAAGAGAGUAAACAUAAAGAUGAAAGUGAAUCACAAUCCACUACUGAAGUUAAAAAGUAAUCAGUUAGUGUGAAUGAAUUCAUUCAUUUCUCAUUUCUCAUUUUAUAUUUUAUUACUCAUUACCCUUCCACAUCUAUAAUCCUAUCAUAUACACUAAUUUUAAAUAACAUUAUUUUAAUUCUUUAUAUAAAUAUUUAUUCAUUAUUUAAGUUAUUAUAUAAUACACU